AUGAACGUGAAGAUGUAUCUUGGCCUCCUAAUUGCGUUGGGAUCAAACUUAUCAGUCCAAUCUGCUUACUACACCAAAUCUUCGAAGAAUGUGGCUCUUACCACCUGCUCGAAUCCUGGAACCCUCGCUCUUACCUUCGAUGAUGGACCUUAUCUUUAUCAAAACGAAAUUUCUGACUACCUCUAUGAUCGAGACAUCAAAGGUACAUUCUUUGUUAAUGGAUAUAAUUACGAUUGCAUCUAUGAUGAGGAGGUCGUCGAACACCUGAGACACACUUUCGCCCAGGGCCACUUGAUUGGCUCACAUACCUGGUCGCAUGCAAAUAUUAGUACUUUGUCAGCCCAUGAACUUCAUGAGCAACUUGACUUGUUGGAGCGAGCCUUAAAAAGGAUUCUAGGAAUCAAACCUAAAUUUUUCCGAGCACCUUACGGCGAUCAUACUGAGGAAAAUUUAACAAUAUUAAGACAACGAGGAUAUGUGGUGGUCGACUGGUCAAGUGACUCAGGAGAUUCAGUGGGUGCUUCGGCUGAGGAAUCAAAUGCCAUGUAUUCCCAACUGGCGGAGAAGUAUCCAGCCCCUCAGAUCGCGCUGAACCACGAGACUUACGAAGAUACGGCUCGUAAAGUCACGCCACAUGCUGUGACUGUCCUGCAAAAAGCUGGAUAUAAGCUUAUGCACGUAUCGGAAUGUCUUGGAAUGGGAAAAAGGCUCGAAGAUAUUUAUCAAUGGGUUGGAAAGCCAUCCAAAAGAGAUUCAUCGUGGACAUGCGAAGGAACUCCAAAGCCAGGGAAUUGA